AUGGUAGAGGAGCAUAACCUUCUGAUUGAGCUGAAGUACAUCCUGAAGGAUUACAAGAGCUCCAGAGCAAAAGUUGUUACCCGGCAUCGCUUUAGGCAACCUGGGUCACAGCCCACCCACGACAGGGGAUGCCAGUUUUUGUACAAACACCUGUGGCAUCAGUCAAUGAAGAAGUUGCAAAAAUGGUGUGAAUGCGGUAGUGAUGGGGACGAGACCGCGUAUGUCAAGUCCGAGACCGAGUCUUUGAGGAAGCAAGUCCCAAAACCUCUCAUGGAGAAAAGAAGGAGAGAUCGUAUUAAUCAAAGCCUAGAAACUUUGAGAUUACUUUUACUUGAAAAUACACACAAUGAGAAACUUAAAAACCCUAAAGUUGAAAAGGCUGAAAUCCUGGAAAGUGUUGUGAAUUUCCUGAGAGCUGAACAAAGAUCAGACACUGACUCUCAUCAGAUCACCAGGGGAAAAAGGGGGCGAGCAGAAGACUAUGAUGAUGAUGAUGAUGAUGAUGUGAGUUCACCUUGCAAACGUCAGAGCUACCGUGAUGGAAUGAGGACAUGUCUCCUAAGAGUCAGUCAUUUCAUAGCAAGCAAGAGCCAUGAGUUUGGACAAGGAGCAGAAAAAGCACAUGCAAACCUUCACAACAAAGCACUGGAGCACUCACUGCAAACACAGCUACUGUCUGCUACUAUGCCACCCCAAAGAGAAACUCAGGUGCACCUCUAUAAUGAGUCAUUGCUACUUGCACAGCAACACCAUGUCCAACUGAACAAUUCUUGCGUGCCAUCUGCCUGCUCAAAGCUUGCACAAAGAACUGGUCUGUCCAUUGAGAACAUAUCAUCAAGUCCUAAACAACCCGUAUUGCUGUGUGACAAUGUGUGGAGACCGUGGCCACAGUAGAAGAACAUGUUUUAAGUCCCUGCACAGACUCGAAUGAUACAGCUGGGUCUGCAAAAUAUCUUGCAUCAUAUGUUUGAUAAAGCAAAAUGAUGAAGAUUAGGAAAAAUGGGACAAACAGACUGUGAAAAGUGUAAAUGUUCAAAAUGUGUAAAUAUGUUGAUUUUGUACAGCAGAUGCCAAAAAUUUAUU